AGCUUAGGCCUCUAGUAUUUAAAUUAUCGCAGGCAGCUUCAAUAACUAUGGUUGAUACAACGAUACUUGAACGGUUGAAUAUCAGACUAGAUGAGUUGCCUGCGAAGUUGGAAUUCAAGAAAGGAACAAAUGGACACAGCCGGAAAUUAAAGUUCUUGGUGACAGGAGGAUGUGGUUACCUUGGUUACGAACUUGCUGCAGCGAUUCAUGGCCUUGGAGGUCAUGUAACCUUGCUUGACCUUCAAAUUCCUCCAAGGAUUGAGAAAUGUUUAGAUGAUGCUUUGUGUUUCAUCAAGGGAGAUGUCUGCAAAUAUGACUCUGUUUUUGAAGCUUGCAAAGGUGUCGACUGUGUGUUCCAUGUUGCAUCGUUUGGAAUGUCAGGUAAAGAUCAGCUUGAUAAAGAAAAGUCUUACAAUGUCAAUGUGAAUGGAACAAAGAAUGUUAUCAGAGCAUGCAAAGAGGUCGGAGUAUCAAAGCUGAUAUAUACAAGUUCUUAUAAUGUUGUUCUUGGGUUUCAACCAAUAGAAAAUGGGAAUGAUUUUGUACCUUAUGCACCUGUAGAAGAGAUGGUCGACCAUUACUCCAAAUCAAAACAACUUGCAGAUAAGUUGGUUCUGGCUGCAAAUGAAACAGAUAUCCAAGGAGGAGGAAAGCUGUACACCUGUUGUCUAAGACCUGCUGGGAUAUAUGGACCGCUUGAAAGAAGACAUAUGCACCGGGUGGCAAGUUUCAUCAACCAAGGUCUGAUUUUAUUUAGCAUGGGUAAUGCCAUGGUUGACUGGACACAUGUGAAUAAUCUCGUUCAAGCGCAUCUGCUGGCUGUUCCGGGACUCUCGAAAGCUUCAAAUAGAAUUGCUGCAGGACAAGCCUACUUCAUCGCAGAUGGCAAUCCGGUUAAAGUCUUUGAUUUCUUAAGGCCAAUUUUCUACGGGUUCGGGAAAAUUCCGCCAAGAUAUCAACUCCCUGCAACAAUUACUUAUUUCUUUGGGUUUUUGAUGGAAUUGUUGCACCUCGUACUCAGACCAAUAUACUGCUUUGAACCUUUAUUAACAAGAAACGAGGUUUUAAAGAUGACAAUCCCUCAUUACCAAGAUAUGUCUCGAGUAAUGAAGGAACUGGGUUAUCGUCCUGUCAAAUAUUCUUUUGCUGAUGUUGUCAGACUUUAUAUGAAGGAGAAUUAUCCUGAGUUGGAAAAGAAAUAUAGCGUUUAUGGCGAACACCUCAAUACAUCUCAAGAUUCAACUACUACUAGUUUAUCAACCAUUUCUUAUCAAUUACUGAUAAUACUGUUAUCUAUAAUCUUCAUCCUAAUGAUAGUACCUAUUUCCAACGUAUUGUUUUAAUUGUAUCAAAUAUCUCUGUGGAUCCUGUAGAAAAUAAUAUUUUAUUUAUAUUUUUUGAAAGAAUUGCAAAUUUUGAACAUUUCAUGUGUAUGACGAAUUUGUAUUCAACGCCUAUGUUUAUCUUUUUAAACUUGGAAAAUGUAAAUUUCUGAUAAUUACUUGGAAAAGCGAAAACUUUUAUGGCACUAUUAUGGGGGAUUCCCCCCUCCCCCAUGUAAAAAAAGUACAAAACUUGACCUUUUUUUUCACUCUUUUCAGUGAUUAUCAAAGCUUGUAUGAAUGUGUGAUAAGCGUUAUGUAAUAUUUUUAGUACAAUACUGUAAAAAGUAACCUGUUUUGGCAAACUUUAGUCCUCACCUAUAUCGUUGUGCAUUUUAAACUUUUUUUCAUCAUUUUACCUAAAAAUUGUAUGUUUUUGACUAAGUUUUAAUUGUUUUUUAACAUUAUUUUUGCCCAAAAUGCAAUAUUUUGUGACUGAGCCUGCUUUUAAAGGUUAUGACGUCAUUUUAAAUUUUCGAAUGUUAACCAGGAAAAGGCAAUUUUUUGGCUUUUUUUAAGAUCCUAGAUAUUGGAGCGUUCGCAACCACACCUAUUCAUGACAAGCAAAGCAAGGAAGCGAAAUAAGUUUUGAGGACAUGUUGAAAACGUGCAUUCAAUUCACUUGUUGGGCGUAUCCGAAUGGGUUCUCAUACAUCCAAAAAUUUCUUCUAAGACCGGUGGUUCCAAACCGAGGCACACAGAACAGUUGGAGGAGAACCACAAUGCUAGUCGCAUAACUGAUUUUGCUUUUCACUUCACAAGAUACUCCUAGUUUCAUUGCUUGAUAAGGUUAUUUCACAGGGUGUUUUUACUUUGUUGAGCAUGAAUUGUUUGAACAUAAUGGAAUUUGGAAUCUACCAAUCAUACUAAACACUAUAAAUUUCACUAUAAUGAUAAACAGGGGCCAUGAGUGAUAAAAGCCUCCAGAAAGACGCCACAAGCCAUAAAAGGUUGGAAACCACAGUUAAAAACAAUGAAUUAAUGUUCAUACUACAAUUACACUCAAUAAAUUGAAAAUCGUGCUUGCUAAGAUCCUUUUUUGAUUUUUGAUGUGUAUACACCUUCUCUUAAAACAAAGCCCUGGUCGAGAAAUCGUUUAUGUAUAUAAAUUUAUUAAAACGGGGGUGGGCGAAAUUAAGACUUGCAGGCCGGAUAUGGUCCACCAAAAUAUUUCCUCCUGCCCACUUGGGUCUGCUAAAAUUACGACUAUAGUUUUUAAGAAUAUAAAUUACGAUGAAAAUAUUGAUGAAAAUAAUGUCAUCAUGACCCUGAUUGUUAGUUACAUGCUUCUUAUUAUUAAACAAAAGUUGGCCCAGCUGUUUUAAUUUUGAGUUUUGACCCUCUGGCCCAGUAACCAACUCUUUUAUCUGUGACUGGACCACUCAGAAAAGUAAUUGCCCACCCCUGUAUUAGAUAAUGCUUUAGUAAUAGUUUAAUCACCAAGAGCAAAAAACUGUUUUUUUAUUUCAAAAAUAUUUAGAAAUAAUUAAAAUAUUUGAUCAUGAAUACGCAGACCUGAGCUAUUGAUGCAUCACAAUUAGAUCCAGUUAUUAAUUUUUUUUACGAAAAAUACAACCAUUUCGAAGAGUGUUUCUACUAAUGCUGUAAUAUACAGGGUGUCCCUUCACAAUUUUAAUUUUGUUUUGAAGUCAGUUUUUAAUAUAUCUCAACCAUGUUUGCUGUUUUUAAAUCAGUAAUUGUUGAAAUAUUUUUACCUCACGUCAAACAUCUGUGAGGGCCAAAACAAUAUAUGGUAUCGAUAAAUUCCUUUUGCAAUUUUAAAAUUUUUAAGACUUCAUGGACACCCUAUACUGUAUGAUGUACUCCUAAUAUUUGAAUUGCACGCAAUAAGAAGUUCCAUUCCAAUGUAAGAGAUUAUGAAACAUUAACCAUACCACCAUAUUAGUUCACACACUUCUGGAGUGUCGAAAGUUCAGCCAUCAAAUUCGAAUUCCUGUCAGUCUGAAUUUCCCUGUGAAUGACCCUGCUUAUUUAUUGCUGUAUAUUCAUUUCUAACUGAUCCUAAUUUGGUAUAUUCCAUAGUACAUGAUCGUAUUAGUAACACAUAUAUAUUGCCCUACUAUAUUUAUUGUAAUAUGUAAAAUAUUUUUAUUGUUAGUCAUAAAAAGUGAGGGGGGGGGGAUGUAAAAUACACCCAACUGAUAGCUCAAGUGCUAUAUGACGAUGGGUAAUCCCCUCCCUAUAGAAAUCUUAUUUCCUGUUUCGUAGUUCCAAUAUGCUUACCUGACCACAAUAUUUAUUCAUUGCUUGUGGUAUCGCACAUUAUAUAAUAAUUUGUCAUUUCGAAUUUAUGGACCAAUUUUUAUUGAUUGCAUCCGACUUAACUAAAUAGGCAUGCCGAUGGGUAAUCCCCCUCCUGAUAGAAAAUCCUAAUAAUGGCACAAUAUCUGUUCAUUGCUUAUGACAUUGAUUAUUAUAUAUUAUUAUGUCGGACCUCCGGAAGUAUGUGCACCAAGAUGGCGCACAACCUGAACAUAGUAGUUGUACCAGGUUAGGGUUCAGGUUGUGCGCCAUCUUGGUACACAUCGUACAGGGGCGCCAUUAUGCUAUUUAUAAUUUAUGAGGCAAUUUUCAUUGGUUGGGGCAUUUGACUCAACUACAUUAAAACUGUCAUGUUUAACCACCAUUUGCCCCCCCCCCCUCCGACUCACCCAGAGUAGAAAUUAAGGGGAAAUGUUGAUUCAAAAAUUAGGGAUUUACCUUGACCUGUGGUCAGACAAAUAAAAACAAGAUGGCAGCGAUUCAAAAUUCCCGUCUGAGCCGAUUCCAAUAUUUUACUAUUAGAUUUAAUUCGAAAUGGCCAGCCCUAGUUAGCACUAAACACGGCGCCUCAUACAUGCACAAUAGCAUCAAAGUCGAGCAACCCUCUUUCACACGAUUUUCCCUAUUUUCGUAAAAACCUGGUAAACACACGCUGGGUAAUUCGUGCAAUGAUAAGCACAUUUUGUCUGCAGGAUAUCAAUCUUCUUUUUUCCUUUUACCAGAUGUACUUGCCAUUUUCUGUAUUUUUUCUGCCUUUUCCUUCAAUCUUACAUGACGGACAUAUGAGAAUGAAACUCGCGAUCGCGCUUGUUCUUGAUUUCUCUGUUCUAUGAAAGUAAAUACAAUAUUUUUGUUGAA